GCGGCUUGAUUCGAGAGGCUGUUUUCCAACCUCAAUCAGGCUACUAUGAAGAGAGAACCUGGAAGUUUGUCUGGUUCGAUUUUCUUGGUUGCAGGAACUACGGUAGGGGCUGGGAUCCUUGCCAUUCCUGCUGUAACACAAGAAACUGGAUUUUUAGCCUCUGCAGUUGCUUGCACUGCUUGUUGGAUGUAUAUGGUUGUGACAGGGCUUCUGAUUGCUGAAGUGAAUGUGAACACAAUGUGUGAAUUGGGUUCUGGUGGCGUGUCCCUGGUUUCAAUGGCCAUGCGAACCCUUGGAAAAGUUGGAGUUCAAAUUGCUUGUUGGUCCUACAUAUUCAUUCAUUAUGCUCUUCUUGUUGCCUAUGUGGCUCGUUCUUCAGAUAUUCUGACCAGUUUUCUCGGCAUUCCAUUAUGGGAAAGUGCAACGUUAUUCUCUUUGGUUUUGGGAAGCAUAUGCUACUUUGGAAGCCAGCGUUUCAUUGGGGCUGCUAAUGGAGUCCUAGUACUUGGAAUAAUUGGUUCUUUCACAGCACUUGUGGCAGCUGCAAGUGGAAACCUACAAUGGGAAGCUCUCUUAAAAGCUAACUUUGAAGCUGUUCCUAUGAGUAUACCUAUUAUUGCUCUCUCAUUUGUUUACCAGAAUGUAGUGCCUGUUCUUUGUACUAAUCUUGAAGGAGACCUGUCAAAAGUAAGGACUGCAAUCAUUCUUGGUACAGCUAUACCACUUGGUUUGUUCUUAGUCUGGAAUGCUGUUAUUCUUGGAUCCAUUCAAGAUGUUGAAAUGGCCACUAAGGUCAUUGACCCAUUAGAACAAUUGAGAUCGACCAACGGAAUUGUUGGACCAAUAGUUGAAGUAUUCUCCUUUCUUGCCAUUGCAACAUCCUAUAUUGGAUUUGUCUUGGGCCUUUCAGACUUCCUUGCUGAUUUACUGAAACUCCCAGCUGGCGAAAACAGGCCUCUUCCUUACCUCUUGACUUUGAUUCCGCCAUUGAUACUAUCGCUGCUAGACCCAGAAAUAUUCUUCAAGGCUUUGGACUUUGCAGGAACAUAUGGAGUGUUGGUGCUAUUCGGAGUUAUUCCCGCAGCAAUGUCAUGGUCAGAUAGGUACUCUAAUUCAUCCUCAUCUGCACAACUGCCGCAGCUGGUUCCUGGAGGAAGAUUUACCCUUUGUCUCGUGAUUGGAGGGGCAGGGUAUGUCAUUCUUUCGGAAUUGCUGGAGAAAAUUGGAUACUCAUAACCACCAAAUGCACAUGCCACCUUUCUUGUUUGGUGUUUUUAUAAUCCCUGAAGAAUACCCUUGAUAAGAAAACUUGGACAAAAUUCUUUGGCCUAUCAGAUAGCGACCCCCACAGUAUACUGCUUCAUUUGUAUAGAUUCUGAUUCUUAUUACAUAUAUAUAAUAAAAGUUAAUUGCGGUCAAUAUGUCCACAUCUUUGACCAAACAGCAAUAGUGUUAAAAUAACCUUAUUUUUUGUUCUGUCUAAUCUCUCUCCACCACUCCCCUGUAAUCUCCCUCUCCCGAAAGAUAUGUCCUUUAUAUCCCCACUGUUUUAUUACAUCUUCUAGGUACCUGUGGAUAUAGGUCCCACAUUUCCUAUAGCCAAUACCUUGCUGUGGUGAAGCCAUCAUUUUGGCAUGUGACUGUUAUCUGUCUUUGAUAUGUUUUUGAUAGUGAAGCCAUGAAUUUGACAGUUGAGUCCUACGAAUAUUCAUCUCUGUUGUGGGUAAAGAGCUAAUAAUGAAACAAUUCUUCUGGCUUUGUUGAUUAA